AUGGUUGCAGCAUUUUCUCAGCUGCAUCACAAUGUUGAGCAGUCUGGUUUUGGACUCUCGUUUCCCGUUGGCGCCAUUCACUGCAUCGAUGUCUCGCUCCAGCAGCUUCUGGUACCAUUUCUUUUGCAUUUCUGUCAUUCCAACGUACACGUUGAGCUCUUUCUUCGGGAGCAAGCUUUUUUCCACGUCCGAUUUGAUUCUUCUCAAAAGGAACGGCUGAAGGACUUUAUGGAGCUGCUGAACAAUGGUGUCGUCUUUAUUUUCCGAGUCACCAGACGAAAACCACUCGUCAAAGGUCUCAGAGUCGGCAAAAACGUCUGGAAGCAGGAAAUUCAACAACGCCCAGAGCUCGUGCAAAUUGUUCUGCAACGGGGUACCUGUGAUAAGCAUUCUAUUUUUCGAGUGGAACGUCCGAAUGAUCUGUGA